AUGGCGGGAGAGACACCCGAUGCAGACAUGCAUAGUUUUCCUCCGAAUUCCAGUUCCUCCUUCCCCCGCAUUUUAAUUUCAGAUCAUAGUGCAGCGGAAUGUACCACGCCAUUCUUGUCUUACAACGGUCUGAUUGACUUCGGGAAUACUGUCCUACCACCUGGCGGGGUCCCUGAAGUUCAAGACUCAGACCAUUUGAUAAGCCAGUUCAUGAACAACGGCCUCGUUCCUUCAAUGUUGCAGGUCAAGAUGGAAGGGAUUCAGUCUCAAAAUGGACUUAACUGCUGGUUUGCGCCCUGGAGCCUUCCAGUGGGAGGCGCUGCCGACAUAAUGGGCGAGUCGCCCUCCUCUCCCCUCACUCAGACACUCCCGAGUCCUCAGUCAAGCAUAUCCCCCGCAAGCACAGUCUCCUUGGGACGGUCUCGCGUCAUCACCGAACAAGAAUGGGAGGCUCGAAAGCCAGACAUCGAGAAGUUAUACAUGAGAGACUGCCUCUCGAGACAGGCCACCGAGCGCAUUAUGGCCGAGCAAUAUCAGUUCUUCGCGAGUUCAAGGCAGUACAAGGGACGAUUCCAGAAAUGGAAGUGGAGAAAAAACAACACCAAAGCCGUUCGACAAGAUAUACUCGCUGGCAGAUCCUUCACAAUCUCCAACGGGCCAACGCCACGAAGACCUGGCCGAUUACAGUCGAAAACCAAGAAGGACGCUAAGGCAAUUCCAUCUCCGAUGCCCAAUGAUCUACAUGAACUCUCCACUACGCUUCUACAAUGUAUGAGAGACCUCAUUCACAGAUCAUGGAAAGAAGACGCAGUGUGGACCCAGCCGAACCGUCUUGGACGUCUGCCGGUUUACGGACAGGAGCUCACGUCUAGAGUCGCCGUGGGUCUGGAGCACCUCGCUUUUCAAGAUACUCUGAAUGGGUUUUCCGCAAUUAGACACAUGUUCCGGGGCCUCGACGAUCUCGUCAAGAAGAGUGACAUCACUAUCUACGCCACCUUGCUUCUAGACAUCCCAUCCACAUUCUACGAGUUCAAGGGCGAGCUCUUGGACGAACGCCGUUUGCUUAAAAUCUACUUCCUCUAUCUUCAAUGCUUGCUCAAUCAGUACAGCAAAGGAAGUAGCCCCCUCGCAGACGCCGCGCGUGCUAUGGCUCAGCUUACAGAUAAAUACUACGAUGAGGCUCAGGCCUGCUUGCAUCAACUGUACAGAGUUGUAGCUGACAGCUACCGAGAUAUUCAGGGGUGCGAUACAUUUGACAACAUCGAAUGGCGCAUCGAGGCCAUGAAAGCUGUUGGCGGCACUUCUGAUACAGCGGAAACGGAGAACAUCAUCAUUGCCUUGGCUAACAUGCAGUUUCUCGCCGCCACAAAUCAAGGCUCACUCCAGUCGCCCAAUCUGAUUGAGUACGAACUCUGGAAGAUUGAACUCCUGCGAUCUAUCGAACCUGGCGGCAAAUUUAUGGAUCGCUGCAACAGACUGUUGAAUCGCAUCAAGUCAGCUGCUAUCGAUAAGACGUGGCGUCUUUGGGGAUCCUGGCUGCUGUGGAUUUCUGGAGAGAUUCUUCGACGACGCUGGGGACGAUGA